CAGAGAAAACGUCAUGUCAUUUCUAUUCCGUUCGCCGAAGGAAAUUGAAACGGAAAACUAGGUCGUCAGUAUUGAUUUUUGCAAUAUCCUUCAAACAAAGGCGCAGCUCCGCAUUGUAUAACGCUGCAAGCUUCAUGAAUUCCUGAAACCAGACAACACAAGGAAGAAAUAUGCCUGACGCGGAGCUCACAGCCCCCACCGUCGAAAAUGUCCGCGUCGUGGUCAGAGUCCGGCCGAUGGACCAGCGAGAGAAACUGGACGGGUCAUACAGCUGCGUCUCCGUGGAUGCCCUGAACAACACCGUCGCUGUUACCAGAAACAACGUGACUCCUCCAGAACCGCCCAGGGUCUACGCUUAUGAUGCAGUCUUCGACAGCAAUACCAGUCAGAUGGACAUAUACGUCCAAACGGCGAGUCCUAUAGUGGAGCAGGUGCUGAAAGGCUAUAAUGGGACGAUCUUUGCGUACGGGCAGACCGGUACAGGCAAGACUUAUACCAUGGCUGGGAGCAACACCGCGCCAGAGUUACGAGGGAUCAUUCCCAACUCAUUCGCGCACAUCUUCAGCCAUAUUGCUAAGGCUAAUGAGGAUGAGAAAUUCUUAGUAUGCGUGACGUACUUGGAGAUUUACAACGAGGAGGUCCGCGACCUCCUCGGCAACAAUCCUCACCAGAGCCUGGAAGUCAAGGAGCGACCUGACAUCGGGGUCUUCGUGAAAGACCUGACAGGCUACGUAGUCCACAACGCGGAUGAGUUAGAAAAAAUAAUGGCAGUCGGCAAUAAGAACCGUCACAUCGGCGCCACGGCAAUGAACACGGAGAGCUCGCGGUCGCACGCCAUCUUCUCAAUCACCGUCGAGAGCAGCAAGCGAGGCUCUGACAAUAAGAUGCAUGUCAAGAUGGGGAAACUACAUCUUGUUGAUUUGGCUGGUUCAGAACGGCAGAGCAAGACGCAAGCCACAGGGACUCGACUGAAAGAAGCCACUAAGAUCAACCAGUCUCUCUCAGUGCUGGGCAACGUGAUCUCAGCGCUGGUCGACGGGAAGUCCACACACAUACCGUAUAGGAACUCCAAAUUGACGAGGCUGUUGCAAGACUCGCUUGGAGGCAAUUCUAAGACUGUCAUGAUAGCGACUAUAGGACCAGCGGACACGAAUUACGUGGAAACUAUAAGCACGCUGCGCUACGCCAACCGGGCGAAGAAUAUUGAAAACAAGACGCAUGUCAACAGCGAGCCGGGAGACGCACUGCUUACUAGAUUCCAACAAGAGAUAGAUCAGCUCAAGAAGCAACUGGAUGAGUGUGCCAAUGAAGAAGAAGAAGUGGAGGAAGAGGGAGAAGGAGAGUUAUCGGAGGAGGACUUGUCAGACGACACACUCACCGACCCGGAGGCCGACGUACUCGACCCUACGGAGAAGAAAAUCAGACGCAAGCUCAGGAGGGAAGAAAAGGAGAAGUUGAACCGAGAGAAGGCUUAUCUCGCACGCAAGGUACUAGAAGAGAAGAAAGCAGAAUUGCAGAGGACUAAAAAACAACAAGAAGAGCUUAAAGACAAGCUGCAACGUCUAGAGUCCAAGGUGCUGGUGGGCGGCGAGAACUUGCUGGACAAGGCGGACGCCCAGCGGCGGCUACUGGAGCAAGCUGCCAGGGAACUGGAGCUGAGGAGACUCAACGAGCUCAGGCUGCAGGAGGACUUGCAGAAGAAAGAGGCUGAACGUCUAGACCUAGAGGAAAGAUACUCAAGUCUUCAAGAGGAGAAUGCAGCGAAGACUCGCAAGUUGAAGCGAGCGGUGCAACUCCUGAACUCUGCGAAGGCCGAGCUGGCUGACCAGCAGAGGGAGCAACAGAGGGAGAUGGAGGGCAUACUGGACAGUGUGAGGGCACUGAAGAGGGAAAUACAACUCGCUGAUCUUGUAUUGGAUUCUUAUAUUCCUAAGGAGUAUCAGGCGCUGAUAGACCAGUACGUGCACUGGAACGAGCAGUUGGGCGAGUGGCAGGUGAAGUGCGUCGCGUACACCGGGAACAACAUGAGCGCGCCGCAUCACUCCGCCACGCAUGCGCACUCGAAACAUAUUGAGCCCCCGGACCUAUCAGACCGCUACCUGUCGUACGGCGCCGUGAGCAGUCGGCCCGGCACGCGCCUGGCCCGACCUCACACGUCCGCCGUGCCACGACCUCACACUGCACUGCGGCAGAGGCAGUAGAUAUGUUAUUGAUGAAACAUUAACAUCCUAUGCACUGUUAACAUGGUUGACGUGUUAACAAUAGAAUAUUCGUGAUUAUUUUUUAUGAUCUCUCAAUAUCUUGCUUUAGUUUAGUCACAAAUACGACUUAAGGUCGUUUGCCUAACACGCACGGUUCAACCACGGCUCCGGCGCGCCCCUUUUUGUUUUCGAAGCAAUACAAAAAUAAUGUUAGCGCGGCAUCGGCGCACGGGCGGCGUGCUUACAGCUUCUUAUAUUGACGUUAUGAAAUAUGUCGAAUAAUAUGAUAAUAAUAUAUUUAUUUAUUCAGAUAACUGAGAUCCAUCAAUCUAAUAGUAAAGGAAGAACACAAUCUUACAUAACUAUUUAGAUACAAUAUUAAUAAGCAAUAGUAAACAGAGACUUAGUCCGCUGCACUAAUUUCCACAUCAAUGGACAGUCAUGUCUACCGGCUGUAGCAGUCAGGAUACUGUGGCGACUUCCACGCAGGCGACUGAUGAGCCAUGCAGUCUUUUUGCGCCAUAAAGCAGCGAAUCCAUCAGCGGGAGCAUUAGCAAACAUUGCUGAUGCACUACAGAGACGUGGAAGCCGCAACAGUGCCCUGAACGCAUUGUUAUACUGGAUCCGAUGACAUACGAUUUAAAGUUCAUAUUUAAAUGACAAGUUACUUGCGGAGUUGGAGCCGUGCUUGAUAAGUGUACCUUCAGUUUGUUUCGCACGACUCGUUUUGAUUCGAGGAUGCACUUUUUUUAAUAGCAUCAUUAAAGUAGUAUUGUAAUAACUACUUACUAAGAUUUUUUGCAUUAUAGUAAUAUUGCGAGUUGAAAAACUAAAAAGCAAAAAAAUAUUAUAAAAAUUGAGAAAAUAUGUAACCUAGGCUUACUUAGGUAGAAUUGGGUGCUUGCCAACUAGUCAAAUUUUCGAACUGUAAAAACGACAGUUUUCUAUGAAUUUUGUACGAGAUUGUGUAUU